GUGCUGAUGUUAUAUAAAUGUACAUUACAUAUCUCGAUAUCCUUCCAAAGAUACAAGAUUUUUCAUAACUUUAAUAAGAGUUUGUGGCAUGAAUUCCAUGAUUGGCUAUAAUAUCACUGAUUGGAAUUCACUGUAAUCGCACUGCCAUGAUGGCAUCAUUUCGUCAGUUGUCCUACAUUUUCAACCAAUUUUUUAUUUUAUUUUUGGGUCACGUUUGAUUUACUUUUUUCAAGCAGAACGAAUUGUCAGCUGAAGCUUUUUCUUUUUUAUCUCUCUACUUUUUUUUUUCUUUUUUAAUAUACAAAAAGUGCAAAUGACAGACAUUAGUGAGCAACAUAGAGUGGUGGAUAACACUGAGGUUGAAGAAGGGGAUAUCGCAGAAGGGGUGCCCAACCUAGAGUUAAUGAGAAAGCCAUCUCUUCCUGAAGAGAGGUUACACAACACGGGAGAUUCAGAAUCUGAAGAAGACCUUACAGAGGAACAUGUGGACACACAUUUACUCUCGACUCAAUUAGAAGACCUUAACCUUAUACCAACACAUGAAGAGCCUACAGAGAGUAAUACAGGAACGUUACAAGUAGAAGAACAACAGGACAUGAUUGGCCCAUUAACACCUAUAGCAGCACCACAAACAACGAUGAGUAGAGGUAGAAGCAGUAGCAGUGUAAAUCCUACUACUACCAGUCCAGUGGGACUUUUACCAAGAUCACAGCGUGUUUGGGAAAUGGAUAGGCAAGCACCAGAGUGUAGACGAUGUCAUCGACGAUUUAAUUUCCUAGUGAGAAGACAUCAUUGUCGUCGAUGUGGCCAAAUUGUGUGCGAUAAAUGCAGUUCCAAUCGUAUUCGAUUACCAGUAGAAGAAUUGAUUGAGGAUCCAAUGGUUUCCACAUCACAAUACCCUAUCAUUGCUUUACAAAGUCAGCGUGUAUGCGAUACUUGCUAUCGUGAACCUAUCCGAAGAUCUUCCGAGUCAAACACUCGAAGAUUACGCACAAGACCCACACCUUUUGCAGAUCAAAUGAGACGAAGUGAUAGCUCACAGAGCUUGAUGAUUGAUUGUCCUGUGUGUGGACACACCUUUUUAGGCAUGCCUAAAAAUGACCAGGAAAAUCAUUUGCAGCGAUGUCUGAAUGUAGGUAGUCCGCCUGUACAGUCUCCCAGAUAUAUUGUAUAUGAAUUAUCACAGGAUUCAAGUCAGAUUGGUGAGGAAUGUCCUAUCUGCUUUGAUGAAUUUGAACAAGGCGAUAAAAUAUCGAGGAUGAUUUGCUUGUGUUCCUAUCAUCAACGUUGCUUAGCAGAUUGGCUACAACGAGGCAAGGGUUGUCCUGUUCAUUAUGAUCCUCUUCAAGAUUAGACUUUAUAGAUUUUUUUUUGUGUAUUUAUAUAUAUUUAUCAUUAUUAAAGAAAAAAAGAAGAAAAAAAAACAACAAAUUUAUUUACAUGUGUGUGUAUGUGUCUACUCGUGAC